AAUAAGACAAAGAUGUGUAAGUUUUGUUGUGGAGCUAAUCAAACAGCUUGAGCAACGUCUGCCUGACAAUGUUCAAGUCUUGCAGUCAAUGUCCUUACUGAGUGCAGGUGAAUGCUUGCAACCCCAUAAAGCCUGGAAUAAUAGAUCUAGCAAAGAUGUUCACUGAGAGUGAUGAAAUUUUGACACGAAUUGACUUUCAGUGGAGAAAUCUACAUAAAAUACUGUGGAAGAAAAAUACUGACACAUCAGAACUCUGGGCUGAAAUAUCUUCGCACACAGAUGCAACUGGAGAAAACCCCUUCAGUGAUCUUGCAGAAUUGGCUUUGACUGUCCUAACACUACCUCACUCGAAUGCAGAUGUGGAACGCAUCUUCAGUCACAUGAAUAUCGUGAAGUCAAAGCUACGAAAUCGGCUGAGUAUCAAAAGCUUAAAUGCGUUGCUGACUAUUAGAUAUGGACUACGAAGAAAUGGAAGCUGCUGCUAUGAUUACAAACUGCCUAAGGAAGUACUUCAAAGUAUUGGAACACUUAAAGCAUACGAGUCAUCACAAUCUCCAGCAGGAUGCUCACACACACAACCACAGCAGAGUGCCGCCACAGACGAAGAGAUUGGAGACUGGGAGCUGGCAGAUUUGGAGUAAAAGGACUACAUGGAUGCAGGAGGUGACGUGGUGCGUGGUGAGGGGCAUCGACCACCCACAGACCUCCCUCCCCCUCAUGAAGAGAUUCCCGUUCUUUGAGUGGGAUUGCAUGAUAGCCCCUGAAUUUACGGAUGAAAGACUUUGCCCUGAUGACCCUUGCUUACCAGGAAACACAUGGAAAAUUUUGGCCAACAUAUCCUCCCCACGAACCAUCAAGAGCCACCUGCAAGAACCUCUGCUGCCCAAGCAAAUGUGGGAGGUCAAGCCAAAGAUAGUCUAUGUGUGCCGUGACCCCAGAGAUGUGUGUAUCUCUUACUACUUCCACUCCAUGAAGCUAGACGGCUACAAAAAGGAACUCCCAGACUUUGUGGAGCUCUUUUUAGCUGACAUGUUGCCCUUUGCACCCUUCUGGUCUCAUACCCUGGACUUCUGGAAGAGAAGGGAUCAAGAAAACAUACUGUUUGUGAGAUUUGAAGACAUGAAGGAAGACUUGCCACGAGUGGUGCGGAAGGUGGCAGAUUUCCUGGGCAAGGAGCCAAGUACAGAGGAAGUGAUGAGGAUUGCUGAUCAUUGCUCAUUUGGAAGUAUGAGCAAGAAUAAAGCAGUGAACAAUGAGGCUAUUUAUGCUGCACAGAACGAAAAGUGUAAAGAACUGAAGUUCAUGAGGAAAGGAAAGGUGGGUGACUGGAAGAACCACCUGACAGACUCCCAAAUCAAGGCCUUCAAGGAAUGGACAUUCAAGCACCUGGAGGGAUCAGACUUCCCUUACUACCGGGACUAUGAGUGAAGUGGAGUUGCUGCCACAUGUGAUGAAGCUGAAAGUUAUCACUAAUUAAGAAAUUUGAAAGUGUUGCACAGUCAAUAGAUAAAAGAGCAAAUAAAGUGGUAGUAUAACAUGGCCGAAUAAGUAUUAUCUGAACGCUAAUGCAGACUUCUCUUCAGCAACACCCAUCAAGGAAGAUAAUUUACUUACAGUCCGUUUAUCCAAAGAAUCCAGGCUGAAACUGCUAGUUCCGUUGGCAGCCCUGCCCACCCCCGCCACCACUUAACCUUCCCGACACUUAAAUUUUCUUCAAGUACAUUUAUUUUUCUUCAA